AUGACUUAUCUUGUGUCUUUAUUUCUUUUAGGGUUGGUUUUAGGGCUUGUAGCUGUUGCAUCCAAUCCUGCGCCCUACUUUGCUGCUUUGGGAUUGGUUGUAGCAGCAGGUGUAGGUUGUGGUGUUUUGGUGGGUCACGGGGGGUCUUUUCUAUCUUUGGUAUUAUUUUUGAUUUAUUUGGGGGGAAUGCUUGUGGUAUUUGCUUAUUCAGCAGCUUUAGCUGCUGAGCCUUUUCCUGAGUCUUGAGGGGAUCGUUCGGUUUUAGGUUAUGUGGUAGUGUACAUGGCGGGGGUGAUAUUAGUGGCAGGGUUAUUUUGGGGUGGAUGAUAUGAAACUUCAUGAGCAGUGGUGGAUGAGUUUAAGGAGCUUUCUGUCUUGCGUGGGGAUACGAGCGGGGUGGCGCUGAUGUACUCUCAUGGAGGGGGAAUGUUAAUUGCGUGUGCUUGGGUACUGCUGCUAACACUUUUUGUGGUGCUGGAAUUGACACGGGGGUUGAGUCGAGGGGCGCUUCGAGCAGUCUAG